AUGUCUAAGUAAAUUAUUGAUCUAUUAUAAAACAAUAGAUCUAAUUGGGCAACUAAAAUAGAACAAUUUAAUUAAUAUGAAACUGGAUAUUUAUAGCAGGCUCUCAAAUAAUUCAGUUCUCAUCAUUCUUAGUCUAUUUCACCUAUUCGUAGUCUAAAUGACUUGAGUAUUGAUAACAAGCUUGGAUUUAAUGGUUCACCUAAUAUAAGUAAUGCAGAUUAAUAAAUAGGCGCACUUAUUUAAGAGAUUGAGAAACAAAAUAUCUCAAUUAAAUUGAAAACAUAAUAAAUUUAAGAAUGCCAUUCAAAAAUAAGUUAAAUAGAACUCCACUAUGGAUUAAAGAUUGAAGAUUUAGAAACACAGCAUCUUUACUAGAUCUAAUUAUCUAAAAGUUAAUUGUAAGAGUUAUAGCAAGAAAAUGCAAAUUUAAUUAAUUUAAUUAAUUAAUUGAAAUCCCAAUAAGAUCAAUAGAGUACGCUUAUUGAACAAAUAAAUACAGAAAAUAAUUAAUUAACAGAAUAAAUGAGAAAAUUUUAAAUGCUAAAUUCUAUUUAAUCAGGGGAUAUGAAUGUUGAUUCAAAUUCAAACCAAUACAAGCAAGAAAUAAUGUAAAUAAAACAGCAAAUGAUUAAAUUGAAUAAAGUCAUUUAAGAUUUAGAAGAAUAAAAUAAAAAUUAUGAAGUAGAACGUAAUAAAUAUUUUAAAGAAAAUCAUGAUUUGAUAAAUCUUAAAAAUAUUCUUACUUAAUAACUAGAAGUACUAAAAAUUGAGGAUCUACAACUUCAAGAAGAAAACAAAGAAUUAUUAGACAAAAUGAAUAAAACUAAAGAAUAAUUCAAUAUCUCUUAAAAAUAAAUAUUAUACUAAUUAAAAUAAGAGUAAAUAGAAAAGUAAUAACUUUUAAAUCAAUAUCAACGAAAGGUUCAUGAACUAUAAACAAUCUCAUCUCAAUUAGAAUCAAGAAUAUAAGAAACUUUAUAAGGUUCUUCUUAAAUUAAUCAAUUUUCUUCGAAAAUAAGUUCACUUGAAUAAUAAGAGCAUGAUCUUUAAAAUCUCAUUGAACACUAAAAAACACAAAUUACAUAAUAAAGAAAAACAAUUAGUCUUCUUGAACAAAACCUAUAGAACUCUUAAAAUACUGAGAUACAAUACUAAUAAUUAUUAUAAAGUUACAAUAAUAUAAAAGAAUAACUUUAUUAAUCUUCAAUUUCGGAACAUAAUGGAAACAAUAAUCAAUAACUAAUUUAGUAAUAAUUAUUAACUUCAUAGAAAUAAUGUUAGGAGUAGUAAAACAAAAUAGAAAAGUUAAGUGUAAUGUUAAAAAAUAGAUUAAACGAAAUAGAAUUAUGGAAAAAUAAAUGUUAUGAAAAUAAUUUAUAUGAAAAUAGACAAAUAUUUGAAUAACUUAAAUAAGAAAAUGAAAUAUUAAGAUAAAAAUGCAAUAUCUUAGAGAUAAAUAUCAAAGAAAAUAAUAACCUAUUGUACUCUUAAGAAAUCACUAAAUUGAACUAGAUAAUUAAAUAAUAAUAAGAUAAAAUAAUACAUCAAUAACAGAUUUUGGAAUAAUAAAAAAAGUAAUUGGGCAGCCCUAAAAGUUAGAAAGCUUUUACGACAGAAAUGAACACAAAAGAUUUCAAUUCAAAAAAUAAACGUAAUUGA